AUGCUGCCCUUCACCGCCCUGUGGCUGCCUGACCCUGCCCGCGAGGCCGCCUUCGCCAGGCGGUACGCCGAGAGGCACUUCCAGGACAGGGACCUGCUGUUCCGGGCCAUCCGGGCGUGCGUCACGCCGGUGUUCCUGUUGGUCCGGCUCUGGCAGAACGGCCUCGGCGCGGAUGGCAUGCAGGCCCUGGCGGUGGCCGCCGUGACCGUCGCCGUGGAGUGCGCGGGAUUCGGCUGGCAGAAGGACAAGCGAGGGGUCAAGAGGACCGCCAUGGCGGUGCUCACCCGCAUCGUAAUCAUCGUCAGCCAGGUCAUGGAUGCGGCCGCCAUGGAGGUGGUGGUGGGGAACCCCGGGUCGAUGUUCCGAUUCAUGCUCAUGCAGUCAGGCCUAGUGGCGCUGCUCAUCUCCAACGCCGGCGUGCCCCUCCUCGUCAAGCACCACCUGGCGGUGAGCGUCACCACGGUCGUGGCCAUGGCCGUGUUCGCAGUGCCCAACCAGUGUGCGGCGGCGUUCAGCGCCCCCGAGAGCGGUCCCAUCGUCUUGGCUGUCUGGCGUUUCAUAAAUGCCGUCUUCACGGGGGGCUGUCUGGAGAAUGAAUACAAUCCCCCGCCCCUGGACGCCUGCUGGAGUGUUGUUUCCAUGUCGCUCUUUGUGCUGGGGCUGCUCGCGCCGUCGUUCGCCAUGUGGACGGUGGAGUAUGAAGACCGGGUUAAUUUCACCAGAAGCGGUGAAUUGCUGACGGAGGAAAACAUCCGAAAACAGAUGCUUCUCUUCAUUCCUGUGAUGGGAGUCACGUGGCUGCUGCUGAACUUCAGAGUGUGGAUGUAG